AUAAAGGUUAUUUAUCAGUAUAGUUAUAUUAUUCAGUAUAGUUAUAGAGUGCGUGAACUAGGAUGAAGUUAAUAUUAUUGUUACUAAGUGUCUGCUGGUUUUCCCUCGCUUCUUGGAGCCCUGUGUUCCGCAACCCCAUCCACCCCAGCACCCCCAUGCAAUGGCUGGACCCCUGUAGCUGCGUACCUAACUGUACCAACCCGACACCAUCCCCAUGGUUAGAGGAGGGGAACAGGGAGCUGACCGAGGAAAACCUCAUCAUUUGGCUUGUUGACCUGCAAUACUUCGCCGACGAGGCACGAAAUUAUUACGAACUUUUCCGCAAUAAAUUUGUUCGUGAUGUGUUUCAAGUUGAUUACAAGACACACAAGAAUGAUUGGAGCAAUCUUGAAUACAACUGGCUGCCAAAACCACCAAAGAAAUUAGGAGAACCAACCAACAGAGGGUUCUUGGAAAAACUCGAGCUGGACCAGUUCCUAAAAGAUACAAAGAGAUACCUGGAGAUCUUAGCUGUGGGGUUGGAGCAAGUGGUGUGGGACCAUACACUGGACGAUAUGUGAGAGUAACAGUUGCAACGUGUUUCAGCUGGACCAGUUCCUAAAAGAUACAAAGAGAUACCUGGAGAUCUUAGCUGUGGGGUUGGAGCAAGUGGUGUGGGACAAUAGACUGGACGAAGCAGAGGGAAAUGUGCAUUACAAAAAGGAGUUUUCAGAAAUGUUUGACAGUAACAAUCUGUUGCUGUGUGAAAUCAGCGGCCUUUUGAAUAGAAGAAAAUUGGAACCAUACCCAAUGGUAAACAGAAGUAUAAUGGAUCAAGAGUACAGAAACAUUGAGAGUGAGAUGCACAGAUAUGUACGUGACUGGAUCGUAUUCAGGGCUUACAUGAAUGUUGUAGAAUACAUUCUAGAUGUGUCGAGUCAUUUCUAUGACAUCACUGGUGCAGAGCUGCGCAAAUAAAGAAAUCAGCAAUCAAUAAUCACAAGCUGGCCAAAGAAAAAAAUGAAAAAAAUUUCCCUCAAACGUUAUACUCAAAUAAAAAUUAUUCAAAUGAAAAUGGUUUAAACACGACCGGUAUGGUGGCGUCGUCCUAUAAUC